AUGCGAGCUUGUUCUUCAUCCCUCCUCGUCCUUGCCCUCUGCUCCGCCACGCGCCACAGGGAGAAAGACGCAGCAGAGAUGGCGAAGGUGAUAGUGCGAGUGGUGGAGUGCUGUCACUCGCUGGGCGUCGUGCACCGGGACCUCAAGCCUGAGAACUUCCUUCUCUCCAGCCGGGACGAGGCCACGGCUGAGCUCAAGGCCACGGAUUUUGGCCUCUCUUGCUUCUAUAAAGGAGAAGGCAUGUCGCGGCACUGUGGCAGCCCCAUGUACAUGGCACCGGAGGUCAUCAAGUGGCGGCCAGGGGCGUUCCUAAUGGCCAAGCGGCCGCCCAAGUAUGGCCCGGAGGUGGACGUGUGGAGCGCAGGCGUCAUCAUCUACGCUCUUCUCUGUGGCUUCCCGCCCUUCUACCACCGGAGCCAUUCCACCAAGGAGAUAUUCAAGGCGGUACUGCGAGGCAACCCGACGUUUGCCAUUGCCCCAUGGCCGUCCAUCUCGGACCAUGCCAAGGAGCUCGUCAAGUCCAUGCUCAACCCUGACCCCUCCAAGCGCCCCACCGCGCACCAAGUGCUCUGCCAUCCGUGGCUCUCAGAGGGCCUGUCGUAUGUGGAGCCUCUGCCUCCGGUGGUGCUGACGCGGCUGAAGCAGUUCACAUCCAUGGUCAAGAUGAAGAGGAUGGCCAUGAAGGUCAUUGCCGAAUCCUUGCGGGAGGAGGAGAUUCGCGGCUUGAGGGAGAUGUUUCAAGUCAUGGACACGGACCGCAGCGGCACCAUCACAGUGGAGGAGCUUCGAGCGGGACUGAGGAAAUUCGGAGCACAGCUGAGCGACCUAGAGAUCAACAAGCUCAUGGAAGAGACGGACAUAGACCAGAGUGGAGAGAUCGAAUAUGGAGAAUUUCUCGCCGCCACGAUGCAUCUGAGCAAGCUGGACCAGCAGGAGCACCUGCUGCGCGCCUUUGCGUUCUUUGACCGUGAUGGCAGCGGCAGCAUCACCCUGGACGAGCUACAAAAGGCGUGUGAGGAGCUCAAGAUGAGCCGCAAGGAGAUUGAGGCCAUGAUGCGAGAGGUGGACGAGAACAAUGUGAGUUGA